UUAACGUACAAUGCCUGAAACUCAUUCAUAGUGAUAAAGAUUGGCGCUAAAGAGGAUGACAAAUAUGUACAUAUAAUAUUUCACUUUACGGAGAGUAACUUGAGCGGCAGUAUCACCACAUCUUUACUACUAAAUAUUUCAAAAUGAAAGGUCAGAUCGUCAUACUUUUAUCGCUAUGUGCUCUCUCUUCUGCGAUUUUGUCCAAUUUUAAUGGCAAAUUAUUUCAUCGUAAUGAAAAUCUCAACCCAGAUGAGGAACUUAAUACACUGCAGAUGAUAAGAAAAGACGGUUAUCCAGCCGAAGCACAUGUAACGUUAACGGAAGAUGGUUAUCUAUUGACGAUGCAUCGGAUUCCAGGGAAACCUGGAUCUCCCGCGAUUUUCUUGCAACAUGGGCUGUUAGGUAGUUCUGCAGAUUGGGUUAUAUCUGGAAAAGGGAAAUCUCUCGCUUAUUUAUUAGCUGAUCGUGACUAUGAUGUAUGGCUCGGAAAUUUUCGUGGUAAUACAUAUUCAAGAGCGCAUGUCUCCUUAUCUCACAAAGAUUUAAAAUUUUGGGACUUCAGUUGGCACGAGUCGGGUAUUUAUGAUCUGCCGGCAAUGAUCACUUACAUCGUAAAACUGAAGGAAAAUUUUUUGAGAGCGUAUAUUGGAUUCUCAAUGGGUACAACAUGUUUCUACGUGAUGGCUAGCGAACGGCCGCAAAUAGCAAGACUGUUGCAAUCAACGUACAGUCUUGCUCCAGUAGUAUUUAUGAAACACGUAAAAAGUCCUUUACGAUAUAUAGCUCCGUUUGCAUAUGAUAAGAUCAUUUUCUCUCUAUUGGGAGAAGGUGAGUUGUUACCGCAAAAUAACGUUUUAAAGUUCCUAUCAAAAUAUUUAUGUACCUUCGAAUCCUGGGAGGAAAAAAUUUGUGCUAAUUCGCUGUUUGUUCUUACUGGGUUCGACAAAGCGCAAUUUAAUUACACGCUGUUGCCUGUGAUUUUGAACCAUGCACCAGCUGGUACGUCGUCGAAAACCGUAGUUCAUUAUGGCCAAGGAAUAGAAUCUGGAGAGUUCAAACAAUAUGACUAUGGUGCAAAGCGAAAUAUGGAGAUUUAUAAGAGCACCGAACCACCUAAAUACAAUUUAUCAAAAAUUGCAAUGCCAAUCAUAUUGUUUUGCGGCAAUAACGAUUGGUUAUCUAGUCCUGUUGAUGUGAUGAGAUUAAGUAACGAAUUACCAAAGAAACCAAUUAUUUAUAAAGUGCCAUUCGCGAAGUUUAAUCACAUAGACUUUCUGUGGGCUACAGACGUUGUUGAGCUAGUAUAUAAAAAGUUGCUUGAUAUGCUGAGCUAGUCUGUGAAAUAUUAAAAACAUGACAGACUUAGGUAUUAUUUACUAUUUAAUGUAUGCAAUGGACACAUUUAUAGAAUAAAGAAUAUCUUAUUA